AAUGGUGAGGGCGUGGUACAUGGACAGCUCUGAUGCAGACCAAAGGGAGCCUCACAUGAAUGAUCCUCCUGUCUUUCUCAAGUUGGAUGUGUUAUACAAAAAAACUGGAGUGGAAUGCUUUACCUUUGAUGCUGGCUCAUUGAAAACAAAUGAAGAUUAUGCAAACUUAAAAAAAAAUCGAGGAUACUCCUAUGAAGAUAUCUGUGAGAUCUCCAAAGAGACCUUACCUAACUAUGACAACAUGAUUGCAGCUUUCUAUACGGAGCACAUCCAUGCUGAUGAUGAGAUAAGAUUUGUGGUUAAAGGCAGUGGUUAUUUCGACGUGCGUGAUAUUGAUGACAAGUGGAUUAGAGUGGAGGUUGUUAAAAAUGACCUUAUAAUAGUCCCUGCAGGGUUAUAUCACAGAUUUACUCUCAAUACUUCGAAUUACAUAAAGAUGAAAAGGCUUUUUGUAGAUGGAGCAGUGUGGAUACCAAUUAAUCGACCAGGAGCUGAUGAAAACGCCACACGAUAA